UGUAUGAUACACCUCAGAUUGGGAGUUUCCACCAACCGGAGAAACAUGAUAUGAUUACAGCAGAGGAGUCCUAUGCAUCUCAGCCUUCUAGUAGCUGUCCGUAUAGAGUGUAGUUUAUCACUGGAACCAGUGUCCUUUAUCCCAUGUAGUGUCUGUGCAGUGCCAAGAAGACCUGUUCAUUAUGAGUGCUUUCAGGAUCUUUCACUUUAUGCAUUGUUUUCUUCUUUUAUCAAUUUUCAAUUUGGAAAUACAUGGGCAGAGUGUUCAGCGAGAACUCAACAUCAACCUUGACACUGUCCAUGAAUGGGCGGACCAGUUUACGGCAGAUCUUCUGGAACUUGCCGAUAUCGGCGCUGGUGCUGGCUGCUUGGAGGACUUCAUGGCAACAUAUCCAGGAGAAGUGUUGGUGGAUGAGAAUAAGAUCAGCGAGACCUUGACACAAGUCCGGCAGGAGCUUGAGACCAUGCUGAAGGACAAGGAAAAGGGUGUGGAGAAAUUGGUGAAGGCUGCAGAGGCAGCUAAUCGGGAAUAUGGUGCCUACAAGAAGCCAGAACAGCUUGACCCAGAGGAGAUAGCGUACUUCAAUGCCAAAAAGCUGGUGAGUGACGACAACGUGCGGGACUUGACCAACGAGACCAAGGAGGUGAUCAAGCAAACCAUCCACUACCUCAAAGUAGACAACACAUACGAGGACUUCAACUACAACAGCGUCAACCUCACUGUCAGCACCAUACAUGUACCCACUAAUAUAUAUGAUAAAUCUGUAAAAAUAUUAAAUGGUGUGAGUUGGAGUGAAAACAUGACAGAACAGUUUACAGAAAACUUGAAGGAUGACCCAUCCCUCACCUGGCAGUACUUCUGUAGCUCAGAUGGAUUCUUUAGGAUAUACCCAGGAAUAAUUUGGCCAAGGGAUCCUGACAAAGUCGAUAUGUUUGACUGCAGAGUUAGAAACUGGUACAUUCAGGCAGCUACUACACCAAAGAACAUCGCCAUCUUGAUGGAUGCCAGUGGCAGCAUGAAAGGCAUGAGGAUGGAGAUAGCCAGGAAAACUGUGGACAAGAUCUUAGAUACCCUUAGCAAUGAUGACUACUUCAAUAUUCUACAGUUUUCUGACGAGGUGUUGUACGUAGACGAGUGUUUCAAUCGCACCAUGAUGCAGGCCAGUGUCGACAACAGGAGGCGGAUGCAAGAUGAGCUGGAAAAUGUCAACACAGCAAAAAUGGCCAACUUUGAGAAUGCACUUGUGGAAGCUUUCAUGUUGUUUGAAACAGUUGAACAGGAUUUAAAGAGGACUCUGUGUAAUAAGGCCAUUAUGCUAGUCACUGACGGAGCGCCAGAAAAUUAUGAAGAGGUGUUUGAAGAAUAUAACUGGCCAAACAAAACUGUUCGAGUCUUCACGUACCUGAUAGGGAAGGAAGUCUCAGACAACAGACAAGUCAAGUGGAUGGCUUGUGCCAAUAAAGGUGACCAUAAACACAUUUCUACACGUGCUGAUGUCCAAGAGAAUGUACAGCAAUACAUCAAAGUGAUGAGCCGGCCGAUGGUCCAGGAGAAGUAUCGCAACUUGAUCUGGACCGCAGCGUACCUAGACUAUGCUACGGAGCAAUCCGACAUCAUCGAGCAGUUGGAGAAUCCGUUCUCACCUCAUACAGACAUGCUGGGCACAAACAAAGGGGAUUUUAAUAAGGGUCUAGGCCUGAUGAUAACGGUAGCCAUGCCAGUAUUUGACAUCAGAGAAUCCACGGGGGAGGAUGAGGAGAGACCGGAUGAGAACCUCCUUGGUGUCGCUGGCACUGAUGUCCGCACAUUCGAGCUAAAAAAAUAUAUUCCAUUACACAAACUUGGAGUCAAUGGAUAUGCCUUUGCCAUCACAAACCAUGGCUAUAUCAUCUUCCAUCCAGACUUCAGACCUCUGUAUCGGAGGGAGAUUGGUUCCAGUGAGAUGUUCCUCAAACCCGAUUACAACAGUGUAGACAUGACUGAGGUGGAACUGGCAGACAAUGCCUCCAGUAUUCAAGAGCUCCGCCAGGGAAUGUUGGAUCACACCUAUGCCAGUAUGGAGAUACUGGUGACAGAGCACGAUGACAUGAAACGUUACAGAAAGAGGACAAAUCUAUAUUACUUUGACAAAGUGUCAAAUAUUUUCAGCCUUGCUUUAGUAAUACCCAAAGGAUAUGGAGAAAUAAGACUUCGGCCCCAGUACAAUCUUCUCCAUACUCAGGCUGAAGCUGAGUACCUGAAUAACGAGACUCUUCUGCUAGCCCCCUGGAUUUUCUGCAAGAAUGCAACCUCGGGUCAGAUGCAGACGUUGAGGAAGUACCAGCUCCAAGAUAUUGUCAAUGGAACAGCAACGCAUCAACUAAAAUGUGACCCUGAUCUCGUGAGACUGUUGGUGUAUGACGCAAUCCAGACUUACAACUAUACAAAGAUCUGGGAGGGGCAGAAGGACUACCUCGGGCGGGGCAGACUCAGACCUGGAUCUAACAUCAAAAAAGAUUACCGCUCAUGCUAUGGUAUAGCAGACCAGAAAGAUAUGAAAAAAUGCUACACAAAAGUGCAUGCAAAAUAUGGAAUUGACUUUAUCUUCAUUGGUACUAGUGUCGGGUUGACUCGCUUCUUGCAGGUGGAAGAAGCAGAAAACUUAACAGAAUUUGAUUUUGCUUCAUCAAGCACCAAGACUAUAGGGGAACCCUACUACAAGCGAGCUGUCAGUGGCUGGCAAGAUGGCUACAACUAUACCUUUGCUCUCAGGAAAUCAGGGAUGUUCCCAAUGCAGUCCACCACUGUGAUCAUGUCGUCACCAGAGGUGUUGAAGCGUGGUGGAAAGGAAGCUGUUGCUGCCGUUGUGGGAUUCCAGAUGAAGCACUAUAAGUUCUCAGAGAUGUUUCACAACAUAACAACCGAGUGUCCAUCUGGCAGCUGUGACUUCACAUGUAACGACACAGAGUAUUUGAACUGCUACCUCCUAGACCACAGUGGCUUUGUAAUGGCAUCCAAUAACAAGGAUGGAAAUGAUACAGGGAAAUUUUUCGGGAUGGUGGACAACUCUUUAUUAGAAGAAUUAAUUCGAGAAAAUAUUUAUAACACAGCCAACAUCACUGACUAUCAAGGGAUGUGUAAAAUAUAUGCGAGUGACCAAGAGAGCGCUGCACCAUUGCUAACAAAUCCACUGUCAAAAAUAUUUAGUUGGUUAAUGUGGACUAUUGCGGAAAGUGUUAUAUUUUUGUCCGAGUGGAGUUUUUAUAGUCUGUUGAAUAGUGUUAAUUACGUCAGAGGUGGGGACUUUGAAGACAUGAAGGACAUUGCCGAUCCUGAUCUCCAGUUCUACAUUGGAUUAAUGGUGCGGCCUGAAACUCAGGAACGUCCAAACGUUGACUAUGUCGUAGACUUCGAAGCAUGUGACAAGACUGUUCGUCUGUAUGCUCUCAAUGUUUCAACAUUCCAUAAAGUUAACAGGAACGGUUUGACCAAAUCCAUCACCAGCUGUGGAUGCAGUCGAAUGAGCCACAAUCGGACGUACAUCGUGCGCUGGAUCCGCGACACAAACAUGAUCCUGGUGGUGGCAGCUGCCAACUGCAGCUGUGGAGAAGGGGAUGAAACGUCCAUCACUCCAGAGAAGAUUAAAUAUAUCCUUUAUGUGGUGUGCCUGUGGGUAUUCUGGGUCAGCAUCGUUCCCAGUACCCCAUGCUUGUUGUAA